AUGAGUGGUCCCGAGUUGAGAGAAAGUCGUGACUUUCUCAUCAAGUUCUUAGACUUGCCGGACGCUGAGAGACGCAUAGGAACGUUGAGUGGCGGUCAAAAAAGAAGAGUUUCUCUGGCACUUUCUUUAAUUCAUUCUCCUGAACUGCUCAUCUUAGAUGAACCUACAGUCGGCGUGGAUCCGUUACUAAGGGAAAACAUAUGGAACCAUCUCUUAAGUCUCGUAGCGACAAAGAAUACCACUGUUAUAAUUACCACCCAUUACACGGAAGAAGCACGCCCAUCAAAUAAGAUCGGAUUAAUGCGAGGUGGACGCCUCAUCACAGAGUCCAGUCCGCAAGAACUGCUUGCCAAACAUGAAACCAACUCGUUGGAGGAUAUUGUUUUAAAAUUGUGUAAAAACGACGAUAUGAACAUUGACACUCCAAAUGUUCAGAAUAGGCGAAUCUCCAUUGCAGCGAUUAAAUCGGUCGGAAAAAUGAUGACUUAUCGGAAAUUUUCCUCAGCCGGCUCAAUACAAUACAAACCGUAUGAAUCGACUACGUCUUUCCAAAGGAUUAAGGCUUUAGUGGCCAAGAACUACGUGGUCAUGACGAGAAAUUUAAUCCUCCUCGUGUUCAUGAUGAUCGUCCCUGCGACACAAGUGCUCGUAAUUUGUCUGGCUAUAGGAAACGAUCCAAAGCCAAUGUGGAUGGGAGUGGUUAAUCACGAAUUGAAUUACACCUCCUGUCCUACACUGGAUCGUGCAAGUAAAACAGACGAAGGAUGCGACGUGGAGAACUUGAGUUGCAAAUUUCUCGCGGAAAUACCUUCCGAUACGAUUUAUUUGAGAGACUACGCAACCGAUGAGUUAGCCAGAGACGCCGUGAAAGCUGGACAUGUGUGGGGAUUUUUCUCCUUUCCAGAAAAUUGGUCGGAUAGCUUGUACGAACGUGCCAGCGCGGCCGGACCGAUUGAGAAUGAAACCUUGCGAGGAUCUUAUGUCAAAAUGGAGAUGGACUACUCAAAUAAACAAAUUGCUCACUCCAUCAAAAUCGAGAUAUAUGACGCGUUUGAAAUAUUUCUGAAAGACGUGUUAGUAAAGUGUGGAUUUUACGAGGACUUGGCAGUAUCGCCGAUUCAUUAUGUGGACCCCGCUUAUGGUACGGAUGACACCGAUUUUAAGGAAUUUAUCUCACCCGGUGUACUUGUAGCCAUAAUGUUAUUUUUUCCACUCUGCUCCACUGCGGUUUCAUACAUCUGGGAUAAGAAGCAGGGAACCCUGGAGAGAAGUAUGGUUGCCGGGGUGCAAAGUUGGGAAAUCAUGACAUCACUUUUACUAACGGAAGGAAUCGUUGUCGUGAUCCAGUGCAUUUUCUCAUUUUCCAUAAUUCUCUACUUGUUCAAUAUUGAGAUCUUAGGCAGUAUUAGUUUAGCUGUAGGAAUCACUUUGAUGAUGGGAUUGGGCGGAAUAUCAAUGGGUCAGUCUUUUUGUUUUAAUUACCCAGAAUAA